AUGCUGCCGGUGAGAGUUUCGGGGGCUUGGAGUGGAGCCUUGAGAGCGUCUCAGGAGCACAGCACCUUCCAGCUGCUGCAAGUCAGCCAGGCGGCGCUCGACGUCCCUGCAGAGCAUGUAGAAGCUCAGCGGGAAGAUGACCUGCGCCCAGAGAUCUUCGUGACAAGGAUAGAUCGCUCCCCCCUGUUCAGUAGCGCUGCAGUCAGCAAAGGCACAUUCCAAGGGCGCCGGGUUUUGUGGAUCGAUGCUCUGUCACUUCGCCCGAAGAGUUCCGAGAGUGCGGAAGAUCCGAGAGCCAAGGUCGCGCAGGGCUUCUUCCAUGCCGUUGGCUCGGCCGAAGCAGCAGCCGUCCUGCAGCCGGGACUCAUCGCCGAGCGCACCUUUGAGGAGGUCUUCGUCACAGCCUCCUCGAGGCAGCAGCAGCCCGUGGCACUGACCCAGAAGAGCGCCGAAGCUGCUGUGGGAACGGAGACCAUCUGCAUCAUCGUGGGUGCCGUCCUCCUGGCGGUUCUGGUUUGCCUGAUCUUCUGCUGCUUCCGCCCCUCUGUGUCCUACGAAGAGGCGGGGUGGGGUUCCCGAGCUUGA